GUGUGUAUUCUAAAACCCCACUCUCCCAAAGCUCUUGGGUUUUUUGGCGGCUACCCCUUCUCCACGCCUGUCUUUUUUUCUCUUCCUUAACUUUCUCACUGUUUCAACUCUAGGGUUUUGUUUUUUCAUUCCUUCCUCCUCCUGCUUUUCCCUCUGUCUCUAUCUCUUACUUACUUUCUCUCUCUAAAUCUAUACCCUUGAUCUUUGAUCAUGGCCACCUCUGAUCGUAUCCUUGCUAACUUUACUCCUCUCGAAGUUGCAGAUUCACUGGAGAACUUGUCUCUGGAUUCACAGGCCAAGACCACCAAGGUUCCUGAGCCUUUCAAGAAGGAUUUCUAUGGUGAUAAUGGCUCUUACAUGUACCAGCAAACUUAUGGUUAUAUGCCAUAUGGAGCGUAUUCUGUGCCCAGUUCACCUCUUCCUGCUAUGGGACAUGAUGGUCAGCUGCAUGCGCUGCAAGAAUACCAUUAUCCAAGCCCUUAUUACCAACCACCUAUGCAGACUAGUCAAGCCAGUGCAUCUCAAGUGGAGGUUUCGACUUCUGGUGUAGCUGAACAAGCUUCCUUAUCAAUUGAUACAAAUAAGGGAAAUUCAAGCACUAUAGCAAGUGGUGGAGGUUUGAGUGGUAAUAAUGGGUCAGGGUCAUUAAAACCAACUUUCAAAAGCUCUUCCCUAAACCCCAAUGCGUCUUACAAAAGAGGAGGCUUGCCAACAGGUAAUCUGUCCCAAGGUUAUCAGGAUCCAAGAUUUAGCUAUGAUGGGAUUCAGUCAACAGUUCCUUGGUUAGAUAUGUCAAUGUCUUCUAAUGGACAAUCCAAGCAUGCUGCAAAUAGUGGGUUCUCUUCAUACACGAACAACCUUUCAUCUGGCAGGAAUCAGAAUGUUCACCCAUUCCCUCAUGUUGUGAAUUUGCAUAAUGCAAGACCAUCAUCAGGCGUAGCCCAAGCAUAUGGAUACAUGAACCACAUGUACCCGAACAACAUGGCUUACAGUCAUUAUGGAAGCACCAUCAGGGGUGGUUCUGGUUAUGGAUCAUAUAGCUAUGAUUCCUGGAAGAAAGGACUAGGGUGGUACACUGUUGGUAACAACAACAAAUCUAGGGGUCGUGGUUAUGGCAAAGAGAAUAUGGAUGGUUUAAGUGAGCUGAACAAAGGACCUAGAGUAAAGGGGUAUAAGAGUCAGGAUGAUUUUGAAUCUGCUACACUGGCUGUCAAAGAUCAGAACCUUCCACUGACUGAGAGCAACAAGGAGAACAAUGUUACUCUUGUUCCAGAUAUGGAGCAGUACAAUAAAGAAGAUUUUCCUGAGAGUUAUUCAGAUGCAAAGUUUUUUGUCAUUAAAUCCUAUAGUGAGGAUGAUGUCCACAAAAGCAUUAAAUACAAUGUUUGGGCCAGUACAUCUAAUGGCAACAAGAAACUAGAUGCAGCAUUCUGUGAGGCCAACGAUAAGCCUGAUGGCUGUCCUGUAUUUCUGUUGUUCUCUGUUAAUACCAGUGGACAAUUUGUUGGUUUAGCAGAGAUGGUGGGCCCAGUUGAUUUUAACAAAACUAUGGAAUACUGGCAACAAGACAAGUGGACUGGUUGCUUCCCUGUGAAGUGGCACAUCGUUAAGGAUGUGCCAAACACUUCAUUGAGGCACAUAACACUUGAGAACAAUGAGAACAAGCCCGUCACUAAUAGUAGGGACACCCAGGAGGUUAAUUUUGAGCAGGGGAUUCAAAUUCUCAAAAUCUUUAAGGAUCAUUCCAGUAAGACAUGCAUUCUUGAUGAUUUUGAAUUUUAUGAGGCUCGUCAAAAGAUAAUCCAGGAGAAAAAGGCCAAGCAUCAGCUGUUACAAAAACAGGUUUCAAAUGGGCAACCUAAUGAUGAUGUUGUAACUGAUAACGAACAAAAUUCGGCAGUAGCAAAGGAGACUACAGAUAAAUCUGUAGAGGCAGCCUUGAUAGAAGAACAACCGGUUGCAUCAGCAGCGGAGGUUGUAAAGUCGAAUGGAGAUGUGAAACCUGUAGAAGAGAAUGGAUCAGUCGCUACAACUGAAGAUGGCCCCGCCAAUUCAGUUUGCGUCGCAAGUGCUUGCUAAUUGGCUUCCUUCUUAGAGUUUUAGAAUAGGAUUUGUGCUUUUGGUUGGGUUAUUAACAAGUUUAGCUAAUUCAUAUAAGCCUAUUUUGCUCGCUUUUUAUCAACUGGGACUUGAUGAAAGCUUAAUUGCUGAGGAAGUAGGAAUAGGCAAGCACCUUUCAGCAUUUCCUUAUAGCAGCAUGGUGAGACAGAAUGUUGACUCUGCUCAAUACCCUCUUUUGAGUUUUUCUUUUUUUACCAUUUUCAUCCUUUGUUAUCCCUUUUGUUUUUUUCUUAAUGAGAAAAGAGUUGAGGAAGAAGAAAAAGAAAAUUGCCCAAGGGGGAAAGUAGUUUAAUCCUAUUUGCAUCUUGCAUUUGAUGAAGACAUGGUUGUUUCUAUACAUGGAAAGUAAAAGAGAAGAUAUUGUGCUGUUCU